AUGCAGUGGCCUAAUGGACAGACAGAGAUCCCCAGCUCUGUGUGCAGUCUGCCCUGCAGGACAGGAGAGAGGAAGAAGACAGUGAAAGGCAUGCCGUGUUGCUGGCACUGUGAACCCUGUGAUGGUUACCAGUACCAGUAUGAUGAAACAUCCUGCAAGCUGUGCUCCUACAGCAUGAGGCCCGACCCAAACAGGUGACAGACAGCAACACUAUAUAAAUAAAUCUAGGGGUUGCAAAAUUCCACAAACGUUCCCAAAAUUCCCAGGUUUUCUUCAACCGGGAUUUCUGGAAAACCUGGGAAUAUUGGGAAAGUUUCAGGUAUUUUUCAACCCUAGAUAAUUCUAUAACAUUUUAGUGCCAUCCUUCAUAGUAUAAAAUAUAUUUAUAGUACGGUACUGCUAGUCUUGUCCUCUGUAUGUGUAUUUUCUAAAUUGUCAAAUAAACUUACUUAAUCAAUCAAUCUAUCAACAGGACGGCAUGUCAGCCCAUCCCCAUUGUGAAGCUGGAGUGGCACUCCCCUUGGGCAGUGAUCCCCGUCUUCCUCGCCAUGCUGGGCAUCAUCGCCACCAUCUUCGUAAUGGCAACCUUCGUCCGCUACAACGACACGCCAAUCGUCCGUGCGUCGGGCCGUGAGCUGAGCUACGUCCUCCUCACCGGGAUCUUCCUCUGUUACGUCAUCACCUUCCUCAUGAUCGCCAAGCCCGACGUCGCCGUCUGCUCGUUCCGCCGGAUCUUCCUGGGUCUGGGCAUGUGCAUCAGCUACGCCGCGUUACUCACCAAGACCAACCGGAUCUACCGGAUCUUUAAAGACGGUAAGAAGUCGGUGACGGCACCCAGGCUGAUCAGCCCGACCUCCCAGCUGGCCAUCACCUCUUCCCUAAUUUCCGCUCAGCUCCUGGGCGUGUUCGUCUGGUUCGGUGUGGAUCCCCCCAACGCCGUCGUCGACUACGACGAACAGAAGACCAUCAACUCAGAACAGGCUAGAGGAGUGUUGAAAUGUGACAUCACGGACCUGCAGAUGAUAUGCUCGCUGGGUUAUAGCAUCCUGCUCAUGGUCACGUGUACGGUGUACGCCAUCAAGACGCGGGGUGUCCCGGAGAACUUCAAUGAGGCUAAACCCAUUGGGUUCACCAUGUAUACCACCUGUAUAGUCUGGCUAGCCUUCAUACCCAUUUUCUUUGGGACAGCACAGUCCGCAGAAAAGGUAAGGUUGUGAUUUCAUAUUGUUUCCUAUUAUUAUCAUAAUGGGCCGGUUUCCAGGACCCAAAUGAAGUCUAGUCCUGGACAAAAAACAAUUAAAAAAAUAAGACUAUUCUCCAUUGAAAGUGCUUCUUAGUCCGAGACUAGGUUUAAGCUUUGUCUGGGUAACCGGUCGAUUAAGUCAUAUUGCUUUCACACUUUAAUACUGGUUGUACCAAAAAUGCCAAUCCAAGUCUUGACAAAUGAGACAAAACCGUUGAUUUUAUAUGUGACCGGUUACAGUAUCUGAGGAAUUACACGCCACUUCCUACUUCACAGUAGGGCCAUUAUUUCUUCGUAUUUUUUGCAGAAGUGCCUUCUUGAACACGUGCCUUAAUUACAAACUUGUAUGGGAUCCGUAAAUAUGAAUAAAAAUGUUAAAUUAUGAGCCUGGUUUAGCCAAGGAGAAAGCACUGUGCUAUACAGGGAGAAAGACCGGAUCCUUCCUGGCUAGUCAUGAUUGGCUGAGAUAAUGGUGUUGUUGGACAUGCCGAGAGAUACGUCCUGAUUGGUCUGUCAUGUCACAGGCUUCUGUCUAUAAUGGAAUGGGGGAUUCCCUGGUCAGUAUAUAGAUAAUCUUUGCUACUGCAGAUAUUUGGAAAUAUAUAGCCAUGGAUAACUGUAAAAGUGUUGCUACAGCUCUCAAAAACAUGGCUAAGAAUUUAGACAAUACCAUGCUGACUCACCUGUGUUUACAUGUGUGGGUGGGAGGGGCUAAGGUUUAAGAGCUGGGUGGGGUUAA